CAUCUGUCUGCCGCGGGCCGGUCUUCAAUCACAACACCAUGCUGAAUCUCCCAGAGUCGUACGAUGACGUGGAAAAAUACACUGACGACCUGCUGGAGUUCAUCAACACGCCUCUGGUCCGCCAGAUCACGGGCGGAAUCCACGUCAACGACGCCCUGAUUCACAACGCAUGGGAGGCUUUGCCCCCGGAGUGGACGGCCUGGUGGAAUUCGCUGCCGGAUCACCGCCUGGCCCAACAGGACUUGAUUGACAGCAUUGAAGAACCGACCAACACGGUUUCCACAACAGGCGAGCACAGCGAUGGCGGACUAUCCCAGCUUUUACAAGGCCGGCCGGCGUCUCUUACUAAAUGGUUAAAGACCCUCCAAUCGCUCUCGCUCCCCCGUGCCCAACGCCCAGGCCUGAGCGUCACGCUGCCAGACGUCCUGACGAGCCGCAUGAACACCAAGAAAAAGGCCGAGGUCUCCACCGCCGUUGCGUACAUCCGGAGCGUCUGCGAGGCCAACAACAUCACACACGUCAUCGACAUGGGAUCCGGACAGGGCUACCUCUCCGUGUCUCUCGCCUUUCUCUUCCCGGACCUCCGCGUGCUCGCCAUCGACGGCAGCGAGUCCCAGCUCGCCGCAUCGAGUGCGGCGGCCGCUGGUCUCGGCAUCCCCGAAGGCCGAAUCCGGCAUCUGCGGCGCUACGUCGACGGCACACCCCCGCUGGCGGCCGAAAUGGCCGCCUGGGCCGGAGGGAACCGGUGCAUGCUCGUCGGUCUACACGCCUGCGGGAACCUCUCCGAGCACAUGCUGAAGUACUUCACCACCGCGUCCUUCAUCACGCACCUGGGCGCCAUCGGCUGCUGCUACAACCACAUCGUCCCGCGUUCCGCCUCUUGCCCGGACGGGUUCCCCAUCAGUGCAAAGAUGAGAGACGGGGGACUGGUGCUCAGCGCCACGGCGUUGAUGACCGGUUGUCAGGCGCCCAACAACUGGGACAGGGCGGACCUCACCAAGGAGGAGUCUGUCUACUCCAAACGGCGCUUUUACCGGGCCCUCUUGGAAAAGGUCUUCUUCGACAAGGGAAUCCGGCUUGAUACCGAGAGCAGGCCGGUUUGGGGUGCGCGAAAGGGCGACACGGCCAGCUUCGUACAGUUUGCACGUAGGGCGGUGGGGGUUCUCGGUGUUGACGGGAGUGGCAUUCCCGACGGCGAGCUUGCGUUGUACGAGAGCCGGUACCGGGAUUACAGCAGCAGGAUCGCCAUUCUGUGGAUGCUCAGCGUGCUCUGCUGCAAGGCCGCCGAGAGCGUCAUUGCCCUUGAUCGGUGGUGGUUUCUCGUGGAAAAUGGCGGGCACAACGUAGACGUUCUUCCGGUUUUUGAUUACACCAUCUCACCUAGGAACUUGAUGAUAGUUGCCAGCAGAGAUAUCACAUAGAUGAAUCAGAAUCUUUGGAAGCAAACCGUAAAUUGAUUCCCUACCGAUGAGUCGUUUCUUCCCUGGAGCAAUUGUGAAAACGGCUAGUCAGUCUGAUUGAUGUUUCUAUCUCAUGAAAGGCUAGCUUAGAGGAUUGAUUCGGGGCAAUACGGAUUCCUUAUUCUUCAUGAGUAUAUCCCCGCUUGACACAAUGGCAUCCAUCUACUGGCCAACCUUGCCUUGCCAUCGACCACCGCCUGUACACGACGACUGACGUAGCCUGGUACUCGAUGUUCUUCCGCGUCGUCGCCUCCCGGGACAUUCGCACCCGCUCCGGCCGGAACCCCGCCACCGCGAAAAACUCCUUCUCUCUCCUCGCCCGGCGGCAACGUCGCUGUCAAACACACCAACUGCGUCCCGAACUCCUGCACCGUCCGUCCCAACGCCCGCAACGUCGGCCGGAACGCCCUCGACCCAUGUUUCUAUCUGCGUGUUGCAGUUCACCAACACAUUCUCAAGAGCCUUCUGGAACUUGGCAACCUAACUUUUGCUA